UCAUUGCCAAAUGAGGAGGAAAGGACGAUGCCAUCGAGGCUCUGCAGCGAGGCACGCUUCCUCCCCGUGCAGUGUUAAACACUCCCCAACGCGAGAGACCCUGACCUACGCACAAGCUCAAAGGAUGGUUGAGAUAGAGAUCGAAGGGCGCUUGCAUCGGAUCAGUAUUUUUGAUCCUCUUGAGAUCAUAUUGGAAGAUGACCUCACUGCUCAGGAAAUGAGUGAAUGCAACAGCAAUAAAGAAAACAGUGAGAGGCCACCUGUUUGUUUAAGAACUAAGCGCCACAAAAAUAACAGAGUGAAAAAGAAAAAUGAAGCCCUGCCCAGCACGCAUGGCACACCUGCCUCAGCCAGUUCCCUUCCCGAGCCCAAGGUGCGGAUUGUGGAAUACAGUCCCCCGUCAGCACCCCGGAGGCCCCCCAUGUACUACAAAUUCAUCGAGAAGUCGGCAGAGGAGCUGGACAACGAGGUGGAGUAUGACAUGGAUGAGGAGGACUACGCCUGGCUGGAGAUCAUCAAUGAAAAGCGGAAGGGUGACUGUGUCUCUGCAGUGUCGCAGAACAUGUUUGAGUUCCUGAUGGACCGAUUCGAGAAGGAGUCGUACUGUGAGAACCAGAAGCAGGGUGAGCAGCAGUCUCUGAUCGACGAGGAUGCCGUGUGCUGCAUCUGCAUGGAUGGUGAGUGUCAGAACAGCAACGUGAUCCUCUUCUGUGACCUGUGCAACCUGGCCGUGCACCAGGAGUGCUAUGGGGUGCCCUACAUCCCCGAGGGCCAGUGGCUCUGCCGCCACUGCCUGCAGUCCCGGGCCCGUCCUGCCGACUGUGUGCUGUGCCCCAACAAGGGCGGUGCCUUCAAAAAGACAGACGAUGACCGCUGGGGCCACGUGGUGUGCGCCCUGUGGAUCCCAGAGGUCGGCUUCGCCAACACCGUGUUCAUCGAGCCCAUUGAUGGCGUGAGGAACAUCCCCCCAGCCCGCUGGAAACUGACAUGCUACCUCUGUAAGCAGAAAGGCGUGGGUGCUUGCAUCCAGUGCCACAAAGCCAACUGCUACACAGCCUUCCAUGUGACAUGUGCCCAGAAGGCUGGCCUAUACAUGAAGAUGGAGCCUGUGAAGGAGCUGACGGGAGGCAGCACCACCUUCUCCGUCAGAAAGACCGCGUACUGUGAUGUCCACACGCCUGCGGGCUGUACUCGCAGGCCUUUGAACAUUUAUGGGGAUGUCGAAAUGAAAAAUGGUGUCUGUAGAAAAGAGAGCUCAGUCAAAACAGUCAGGGCCACAUCCAAGGUCAGAAAGAAAGCGAAAAAGACUAAGAAAAUGCUGGCUGAGCCCUGUGCGGUCCUGCCGACUGUCUCUGCUCCCUAUAUUCCCCCUCACAGAUUAAAUAGGAUUGCGAAUCAGGUGGCCAUUCAGCGGAAGAAGCAGUUUGUGGAGCGAGCCCACAGCUACUGGUUACUCAAGAGGCUGUCUAGGAAUGGUGCACCCCUGCUGCGGCGCCUGCAGUCCAGCCUGCAGUCCCAGAGGAGCACACAGCAGAGAGAAAAUGAUGAGGAGAUAAAAGCAGCCAAAGAGAAGCUGAAAUACUGGCAGCGGCUGCGGCAUGACCUGGAGCGAGCCCGCCUGCUUAUUGAGCUGCUGCGCAAGCGGGAGAAGCUGAAGCGCGAGCAGGUGAAGGUGGAGCAGAUGGCUAUGGAGCUGCGGCUGACUCCUCUGACUGUGCUGCUGCGCUCAGUGCUUGAGCAGCUGCAGGACAAGGACCCUGCCAAGAUCUUCGCUCAGCCCGUGAGUCUGAAGGAGGUUCCAGAUUAUCUGGAUCACAUCAAACAUCCCAUGGACUUUGCCACAAUGAGGAAGCGGCUAGAAGCUCAAGGGUAUAGAAACCUCCGUGCGUUUGAGGAGGAUUUUAAUCUCAUUGUAGAUAACUGCAUGAAGUACAAUGCCAAGGACACCGUGUUUUAUAGAGCCGCAGUGAGGCUGCGUGAUCAGGGCGGUGUUGUUCUGAGGCAGGCCCGACGCCAGGUGGACAGCAUCGGCCUGGAAGAGGCCUCGGGAAUGCACCUGCCUGAGCGGCCUGCUGCGGCUCCUCGGAGGCCUUUCUCCUGGGAAGAUGUGGACAGGUUGCUGGACCCGGCCAGCAGGGCCCACCUGGGCCUGGAGGAGCAGCUGAGAGAGCUGCUGGACAAGCUGGACCUCACCUGCUCCAUGAAGUCCAGUGGCUCACGGAGCAAGCGGGCGAAGCUGCUCAAAAAGGAGAUCGCCCUCCUGCGCACCAAGCUGAGCCAGCAGAGCCAGCCCGCCCCCGCGGGGCCCAGCCCGGGAGGCUCGGAGGAGGCCACUGCCCCGCCGGGGCCGGACGUGGGCGAGGAAGGAGAUAAAUCUCCCCCUAAACUUGAACCAUCAGAUGCAUUACCUCUUCCUUCAAACUCGGAGACUAAUUCAGAACCACCAACCCUCAAACCAGUAGAACUCAACCCUGAGCAGAGUAAACUAUUCAAAAGAGUCACAUUUGAUAAUGCAUCACAUAGCCCAUGCACUCAGAGCGCACUGGUAAGCGGACACCCUCCAGAGCCCACCCUCGCCAGUAGUGGCGAUGUGCCGGCGGCUGCGGCGGCCUCCGCGGUGGCGGAGCCAUCAAGCGAUGUAAACAGACGCACUUCUGUUCUCUUCUGCAAAUCGAAAAGUUCCUUCCAAGGUUGGAGACUCUACUGCAGCCAAGGAAAAGGUCGCGGAGCACAUGUGGAGACUCCGAAGUGGAGGAGGAGUCCCCGGGAAAGCGCCUGGACACAGAAUGGCAGUAGAGUUCAGUGGAUGCGAGUUGAAUUCCUAAGCGUACCCCUGAGCAGCCCGGGAGCCUUAGCGCUAAGAUCAGACCCUCAGGAGCGCGAGGUGGCUGCUGCUGCAUCUACUCUGCCCAGGGCGGCCAGGCUCGGGCUGGAGAUGCCAGUCCCGCCAUCGUGCUGGCCUUGCCUUCGCCCGAACGUUAGGUGCCCUCUGUGCACCUGGAUUUCUUGCUCAAGUUGCACUCUUCGCAGUUGGAGGACAUGAAAUGUUUGGAGCCUUCCGAGCUUUUCCACAUGCUUCCACCACUCUGAACUUAUAGGGCUGGUCUCCAGGGCGCUGAGGACCCGCGUUAGAUUGAGCGCCGUGCUGACUGCCUCCACGUUCUGCCAGCCCCUGUGCUGCAGUGGGAGAGGCUUGUGAAGGCCCCCGCCCGCCCAGGCUCACGGAGCCACCCUGCCCGUAGCUUCCUUCCUCGGGGAUGGUGGACUGUCAGGGGUGCCGCCACCUACUUCUUCCUCUGAGACUUGGUGGAGGUGGUUGUGAGGGGGUGGAGCGAGGCGGGCUGGGUCUUCCGAGCCUCCGGAAUGUGCGCCGAGGAGGCUGUUCUUGUCCUGUACUUCCUCAGACUAUGUGGCUUCUUGAUGUUCUCCCAGUUCUCACUUAACCGCUUACGUACCGGGUAGCUCCUCCUCGGAUCCAAAUUCUUUUCUCUUGCCUCGACUUGGACUGGUUCUGCUCACAGCCUCGUGGGAUGCAGAGCGCUGACUGCUCCCUGCCCUGCGUGAUGGCACUGGAGCCAACCUCAGAAGAACGCCGACCGCUCCUGGAGACAUGGCGGGCUCCCACGGGGACUGGUGCCCUCCUUGAGCUGGGGAUGGUUCAGUGCUUCCGCCCUCUCCAAGUGGGCAGCCUUGCGAGUGCCAGCAAAGCGCCGUGCACAGUCUGAGCUCCACGCUGCACAUGCCCAGCACUGGCUGUAAUGAAGGGACUCUUCGUAGGGCAGCCUUGUCUGACGUCUGAGGGACUGAGCCCGCGGCCCCGUUGGAGAUGUCCUCACUUAGCCGUCAGCACCUCCACCUGUCCUUUCUCCCUGCCUCCUUCUCCCUAAGUCUCUUUCCUUUAUUCUCUCCGGGAUGAUGAGCAGCGCCGACUUCUGUCUUGCUGAUGCUGUGCUGAGCAGCGCCAGCCGGGCCAGCUGAUGAGUCCUGUCCACGGGACCCCCAGAGACGUCCUACGCGGGCUGUGUCUUCAUGGAGCUUCUCUCGUGAAAGCAGGCAGUGGUUGGGGUCUUCUUGUCUGCUGUACUUUCACUGAAAGUUUGAAAAGUAUACCACAAACCAAUGCAGUUCUCUGGGCAGUCGCAGAAGUGAAACAAGCCAGCAGAAGAGGACAGGUGCCACCCACCCACCCUGCCAUGCUCGUGCCCCUGCAGCUGGGAGUAGAGCGUGUUUUCUGACGCCCAGGACAUCACGGCCCGCCACAGUCACCAGGGCUUUCGUACUUGCUCCUCCUGCAAGCUUAAGCACAGUGGCAGCUAUAGGCCAAGUGGCAGGUGCAGGUGUCUCAUCUGCACGGCAUGAGCUGAGCUUUCCUGGUGUCCCUUCCUCGGUGGGUGCCUCACGGAGGCUGUGAGCGAGGUGGGGGGCAGUUCCUGCCGCCAGCUUCCCACGCCCUGGGGCGCUUUCCCUACUAUCCCCCAGGAUUUCCUAGGCCAAGGGCAGCAAGGAGCCUACAUCCCCUGAGGCUGGACCACAUAAGAUUUGUGUCCUGCUCCUGCGUCGGAGCUGUUGAAAGAGCAGAGAGCCCCUGGGGAUGCUGUGGCCAUGGGUGGGGAGGCACCUCUGGGCUUGGCUGCACCUGCCCUGAGUCCCUGGCGAGUAGGAUGUGGCCUGGGGGCUUCGCAGGCCCCAGGGCUUGGUGGCGCAUGGUGCUAUGGUGUUGGCCCUUUCUAGAGCUGUCUCCACAGUUCUCCUGGCCUCCCAGUGACUGCCGGCCCUGUCACGUCCUCAGCGUCUAGCUGGCUGCUGCUGGCACAAGUGCCUGUUUUGCGGGUGCUCCUCCACACCUCCCAGGACCAGGGCUCCUGACUGUGGACUGAGUGAAUGUCUUUUCUGGCCCUCAGGGUUGCUGGGGUUCAGUGAGCCCCACGGCCGCAGUACUCUGAGGCUGCCUUCCCCACUAGGACCUGUGCAAAGUGUGUGGCAGUGAGUGCGCUGUAUCGCAGCUCUGCGGGCUCCAGACAGCAUUGCACAACCUCUCCACACCGGGCUUGGAUCUCCUGUCACCUCUUGGGACUCGUCCAGGGCCGGCAGCCUUCAAGAGCCUGGCCUGGCCUGGCUGCAUGGGUGCCUGCCCUGCUUCAGCUGCUGUGCCCUUCCAAAACUGGCCGGGCGCCUGGGCUCUUCUGUCACCAGCCUCAGGGGUCUUUCCUGGACUGUCCCUUGGGCUGUGUACGUGCUCAGGGAGCCUCCACAGAAGGAGUGAAAGCUCUUUGUAAACCUCUUGUAGCCCAGAUCCAUGAGCCCAGUCAUUAAAUGCUUGGAAAACAGGAGAUGCAGAUCAUUCUCUUCUUCCUCAGUUGCCAACCUUCUCGCCCUUCUCUGCUCCCUCUGUGUCAGUGUGGGCCCCGACCGCACCUUGGGGUGGAGCGGCUGCUACCCUUGAGGGGGAUGGUGUCCAUGUGUGCUGGGCCAUGUAGGUGGGAAGCAUGAGGCUGCUUCAGGGCAGGCUGUCCUGGUCUUCAUCUUCUGCAGCUGCCUGCCACCUGAUGUGUGGGUCAGGCUGGCCACCGCUCUGCCCUGGUCCUCCCCAACUGACCCUGAUAGCCCAGACUGGGUAGGAGACAGCACUCGGCCCUGACCGACCAUGUUUCUGUUCUUCUCUGGCUCCGUCUGCUCAGCCUGCAAAGAGCUCUGCACUGGAGUCUUGGGGGGGGGGUGGCAUAGUACUGUGAGAGGCGCAUGUCUCCCGGCCCUGGGUGUGUGCUUGGGCUUUGGAGUGGUGGAGGCACGUGUGGUGUGGCCUACUUGUCCGAGACCUAAAUGCUCAUCUGCAGAGCUGUGUGUGUAGGUGACUCUGGUGUGUUAUGGUCCCUCCCCAGAUCCUGCGUCCUAGGGCAUUGACUUUGUCAGUCUGUUCAUCCUUGUUUCAUGGGCGUCUUAAUGAUGCAGCUGAGAGUAGGGUGUGGUCUCUGCCCCUAGGACACGCCAUCUGACCAUUGUGACAGCCUUGGGCUCAGUGGUCCAGCUGCUUUCCUGCCCAUGUUACCCACUUUGUCAGUGCACGAUUGUUGGAGGCUGGCAAGGACCGGCCUGUGUCAGCAUGGUGGGAGCAUUUCCUGGAGGGAAGGUGGGAAGGUGGAGCUGUCCCAGUGCUAGAAGCCCCAAGAUCCCAUCACUGGAGCCAAAAGCUUUUCUGAGAAGUUUUAUUUACCAGUUUGCACAUUUCCCUUUGACAUAGUUUUUUAAUUACCUUUUAAAGGCUGACAGAAGUGGGAAGAUGGGGCUCCUUGUCCUGACCCCUCGCCCGGCGGUGUACCUGAGGGUGCCUAGCUAGGCGUACAGCUGGGGGUGCUCAGCCUCACCUUCCAGGCUGCCACCUUGUUCUGCUGCUACAGACAGCUCUGAGGUCGCCUUGCUUGAGUGCUCUUCCCAAGAAGACUUGGUGUAGCUGUCUAUGCCGCUGGCCAGACCCUGAUGGCAGGAGCACUAGCCUGGGUGCCUCCAUGCAGUAGAUCUGUGGGACCUGGAUUAAUGGGGCCCUCAUUUUCUAUUUUUGAAGUAUUUUGUCAGCAUUUUUCAGGUUCACAUUAAUUUGUGUGUUUUGAAGCAAGCUUUUUUAAAAAACCCUAAUUUACUUUCCCCAGAGCUUCACAAAUAUGAGUGUGUUUUUAUUGGUGAUAAUGCCCUGUGCCUAUGGGCUUGUGACCCUUGUGUGGUCAGGGAGCCUCUGCCACAGUCCCCAGGGGCGUGUGAUGUGGUCGUCAGCUGGGCAGGGGACCUGGGGCCUUGGUAUGCCCGCGUCUCCUUGGUGCGCCUGCUGUUCCGUAGCGCAACCCACUCCACUGCCCUUGGUCGUUGUGUUGCUUUCAUUCCACAGCCACUGCUUUGUGUGUGGAGCUCAGUGCCGGGGACCCAGGGGCUAAAGACAAAGACGGUGUCAGGUGCGCAGUGCUGCUGGGAACGCGCACCCCACACCUCAUGGACUUCAAGAUGUGGCGUGGGGACAGGUUGGCGUGCAGCUGCUCUGCUCAGCUGACCACGCUUGCCUGUGU